UCUGAUCUCACAGCUCGUCCUUGUUUGGCCUCAGCUGCAUCAGAGCGCCACUUCUCCCCAGGUUCACCAGAGGAAACACCACUGAACUAAAUGCUUUUCCUCCCAGCUGCUGCUCUGUGCUGUUUCCUACGCGCGCUGGCUGCCAUGGCAACACAGCUGAUUCAGGAUGAUUUAACAUUGUCCAGGAGAGUUGGUGGAUACGUCUCCUUCAACUGUCGAGGCACUGAGCAGUGUGACCUACCUUAUGUAUUCUGGUACCAGAAGAGAGACACAGAAACAUUCACACUGAUUCUGUAUAUUAGGAGGGAUACUGGUGUCAUAGAGAAGGAGAGAUACAAUCAUCCUCAGAAAGAUGAUUUCUCAGCUGUGAAUAUACAGAACGGCUGUAAGUUGCAGAUCCAGAAGGUUAAACUCGAUCAUUCAGCCACCUACUACUGCUCCUGUUAUAAGGAUGUUCCCCACAGGUACGGAUGGUACUACAUCUUUGGCUCUGGAACUACAGUGAUUGUCACAGAUGAGCCGGUAGUGAAGCCCGUGGUGAGCGUGUACCCAGCAGCAUCCAGAGCCCACCUGGAGGGGAAGAGCGCCCUGCUGUGUCUGGCCUCAGCCAUGUUUCCUCCUCUGGUCCAGUUCUCCUGGAAAAGACAAAAGGAGAAUGGCCCUCUGGAGGAGCUGCCCCCUGUUGAGGGACAGCAGCUGGAGAUCAGAAAGUCGGGAUGCACCGCCUCCAUCUUGUUGAUCCACCAGCAAGAGAAGAGCAAAUAUAAAUACCGCUGCAACGUCCGGCACGAGGGGGGAACAGUGGAGGCCGAAACAGAACAAGAGGUUUCUAUUCUUCCACCAUCACCAACAUCUCUUCCACCAGCAACUUCUGUCCCGUCUCAGUACCUUAGUACAGUGGAGGCCCAAACAGUGGAGGCCCAAACAGAACAAGAGGUUUCUACUCUUCCACCAGCAGCUUCUGUCCCGUCUCAGUACCUCAGUACAGUGGAGGCCCAAACAGUGGAGGCCCAAACAGAACAAGAGGUUUCUACUAUUCCACCAUCAGCUUCUGUCCUGUCUCAGUACCAAGUGAAGCUGCUCUGUCUGAUGUAUACACAGCUGAUAGUGAAGAGUCUGGUGUACUGCUGUGGACUCUCUCUGCUGAUGAUCCUCAGAAACAAGGGACCGUCCACCAACUGAACACAUGCUGACUGACUGUUUUCUGCUCACCUUUUCUCGCAAUCAAAUCUCAUAAA